AUGCAGCUCCAGGGCCGUGCGCGUGAGUCCCUCACGCCCCAGCAGCUUCGUGAGUGGUACGCUAGUUGGGGCUGUCGGGGUGGCCGUAGUGGUAGUCGCUCUGGAGUGGGUCGGUCGGGAGCUUCUGGUAGUGGACAGGUGCAGCUGCCGUGUCCUCUUUCGCCCCAGCAGCUUCGUGCGUGGUUCGCUAGUUGGGGCUGUCGAGGUGGCCGUAGUGGUAGUCGCUCUGGAGUGGGUCGGUCGGGAGCUUCUGGUAGUGGACAGGUGCAGCUGCCGUGUCCUCUUUCGCCCCAGCAGCUUCGUGAGUGGUACGCCAGUUGGGGCUGUCGGGGUGGCCGUAGUGGUAGUCGCUCUGGAGUGCGUCGUUCGGGAGCUUCUGGUAGUGGACAGGUGCAGCUGCCGUGUCCUGUGAGUGAGGCUGCCGCUCUAGGUGCUAGUGCGUCUGUUGCCCUAGGUGCUGGUGAGGCUACCACUCCCGGUACUCGCGUGUCUGCUACCCCAGGUGCUGGUGAGGCUGCUGCUCUAGGUGCUAGUGAGUCUGCGCCCCCUGGUACUGAGUCGACUGAGGCACUGCACACCUUCACUCUGGACUCAGGUGCUUCUCGCUGUUUCUUUCGUGACCGCACUGCCCUUGAGCCGCUUGCUCGGCCAGUUGCUGUCUCCCUCGCUGACCCCUCUGGGGGUCCGGUCAUUGCGACCUCCUCCACUGUCCUUCCUUGUCCUGCGGUCCCGUCAGGCACACUGUCAGCGCGUGACACACUGCACGUGUGCUCGGACGGGCCGUCACCUGGCUACCUUCACUCGGCAGCCGGGGUCCGACCUGUACACACUGACCACUGA